GCGCUUGCGUCAGCCGGCGCGCUUCAGCCGGUUUGUCUGUGGAGGAGGAAGUGGAUCCGGACUCCGCUCUGCCGCGCGCGCCUGCAGCCGCUCGCACGCGCCCGGAGAAGUGAGGAGGGAGCGCGAGCUUGUGAACUUUUGCCCGAGACCUGACAGCACGCGAGGAGGUAGUGAGUGAGUGAGGUAGUGAAUCAGUGAGUGAGUGAGAUAGUGAGGUAGUGAGUGAGUGAGGUAGUGAGUGAGGUAGUGAGGUAGUGAAUCAGUGAGUGAGGUAGUGAGUGAGUGAGGUAGUUAGUGAGUGAGGUAGUGAAUCAGUGAGUGAGUGAGAUAGUGAGGUAGUGAGUGAGUGAGGUAGUGAGUGAGGUAGUGAGGUAGUGAAUCAGUGAGUGAGGUAGUGAGUGAGUGAGGUAGUUAGUGAGUGAGUGAGUGAGGAAGGGGGGGAGGGAGGUAGUGAGUGAGGUAGUGAGUGAGUGGGUCAGAUCCGGAGUGAGUGAGCAGCUUGGACUCGACUACGUGUGUUAUUGCAGGUGUGCAGAGUGCAAGGGUCUCUCACCGUUUGGACUUGUGUCCCAGGGCACCACACACACACGCUCACACACACACACACGCUCACACACACAUAUGAGAGAGAAGAUCAACUUCGGAUCCACAGCUCGAGCUUCCAACUGUUGAUGAGGUUGUGGUCGAUGUGCUGGGAGAGUUUCACCCUCUGAUCAUGUCGUGUCUGCUGGUGGGGAGUCUGAGAAGGUGGGAUGUUUUGGGUGCCGCAGUCGGGGUCCGCUCACUGGCCUCCGUCCCGUCUCUCCCCAAAGCUGUGGCUGAGUUCGUGUCCGGCACUGUGGCUGAGUGCAAACCCGCGAAAGUGCAUGUGGUCACCGGUACGCCUGAGGAGACCGCAGACAUUCUGGCUGGCCUGGAAAAAGAUGGCAUGGUGAAAAAAUUGCCCAAGUAUUUGAACUGCUGGCUGGCUCGUACAGAUCCGAAAGACGUGGCUCGUGUGGAGAGCAAGACGGUGAUCGUCACUAAGCAUCAGAGAGACACAAUUCCCAUUCCCAGCAACGGCGUGAAGAGUCAACUCGGGAGCUGGAUGAGCGAGAAUGACUUCCAGAAAGCCAGAGAGGAUCGAUUCCCUGCCAGCAUGUCAGGUCGGACGAUGUACGUGAUCCCGUUCAGCAUGGGUCCAGUGAACUCCUCUCUCGCAAAGUUUGGCGUUCAGGUGACGGAUUCACCGUACGUCGUGGCCAGCAUGGGAAUAAUGACCCGCAUGGGCACGCCUGUCCUGGAGAAACUCGCAGAGGGUGCGGAGUUUGUUCGCUGCCAGCACUCAUUAGGUCGACCUCUUCCGCUUAAAGCUCCACUGAUAAACCAGUGGCCUUGUAAUCCAGACAAGGUGCUGAUCUCACAUCUCCCAGACAGCAGGCAGAUCCUGUCUUUCGGAAGUGGUUACGGUGGGAAUUCACUCCUGGGAAAGAAGUGUUUUGCGCUCCGUAUUGCUUCUCGUAUUGCCAAAGAUGAAGGCUGGCUCGCUGAACAUAUGCUGAUUCUGGGAAUCACAAAUCCUCAGGGUGUGAAGCGGUACAUUGCAGCAGCUUUCCCAAGUGCCUGUGGGAAAACCAACCUGGCCAUGAUGAAACCAACACUACCAGGCUGGAAGGUGGAGUGUGUCGGAGACGAUAUUGCCUGGAUGAAGUUCGACAGUCAGGGUAAACUCAGAGCUAUUAACCCAGAGAACGGGUUCUUCGGUGUGGCCCCUGGUACCUCUCUGAAGACAAACCCUUAUGCCAUGGAGACCAUUUCGAGGAACACAAUAUUCACAAAUGUGGGUGAGACGAGUGAUGGUGGCAUUUGGUGGGAGGGUCUCGAACCGCCGGCACCUGGCAUCUCUCUGACUGACUGGCUUGGAAAUUUAUGGAAGCCUGGUGAUUCGAAACCGUGUGCACACCCGAACUCGAGGUUCUGUGCCCCCGCGGCCCAGUGUCCCAUCAUGGACCCCAUGUGGGAGAGUGACGAAGGCGUGCCAAUUGACGCCAUCAUAUUUGGCGGCCGGAGACCAGAAGGAGUGCCCCUGGUAUAUGAAUCAUUUAACUGGCGACAUGGAGUGUUCGUUGGUGCUGCCAUGAGAUCGGAAUCGACAGCAGCUGCAGAACAUAAAGGUAAAGUCGUCAUGCACGACCCCUUCGCUAUGCGUCCGUUCUUCGGUUACAACUUUGGUGACUACCUGAGCCACUGGCUGAGCAUGGAGACAAGGAAGGCGCCCACACAGCUCCCCAAGAUCUUCCACGUCAACUGGUUCCGCAAAGAUCCGCAGACCAAGUCCUUCCUGUGGCCCGGUUUUGGAGAGAAUUCCCGAGUGCUCGAGUGGAUCUUCCGCCGCUGCGGACGCACCAGCGAAGACGAGGCAGCCAGAAAGAGCAUUAUCGGAUGGUUGCCUCAAGAGGGCGAAAUCAACACACAAGGUCUGGGCCAGAAAGUCGAUAUGAAGGCGCUCUUUGAUGUUCCUAAACCUUUCUGGCAAAAAGAAGCCCAAGAAAUAAGAGCCUACUUUACACAGCAGGUUGGCGCUGACCUACCUGAGCAACUUGGGGCGGAGCUACGGGCGCUCGAGGAGAGAGUUCGGGAUUGAAGGACAUGAUGUUUUAAAAUACACUACUUUUUAAACGUUUGCUAUAUUGUGAAGGACGUUCUGAGCAGGAGUUGGGGAAAUCAACAAUCGUUUAAGCUACAAUCUUCAGUCCUGCAAUAAUAAUAAUAAUAAUAAUAAUAAUAAAGUAGUUGGUGAGAGAGGACAUGAAAGUGGCAGAGAAGGAUGUGGAAGACAGGGAGCAAUGGAGACGAAAGAUCUGCUGUGGCGACCCCUGAUCAGGAGCACCCAAAAUAAUAAUAAUACACCAGCCUAAUAAGCCUAAGUUAGUGACUGUAACUCCAUAUUGUCUUUUCGGGUUACGAUAAAAAUGAUCAACUGAAGGCUCCUCUCGUCUGACUUGUCUUUGUGUUUCGACAAAUGACUGUAAAAUACAUCGACGGUGUAGCUCCGUGUUUUCCCGUUCCAUCGAAAUUAAGCCAAAAUUCCUCCGCCAUGUCAAAUUUCGAGCCAGACUUUGUGCAUUAAGGUAAUUCUGCUGCUUUCUGGAACUAACGUCUGCACAGUAGAGACGAAAGUUGAAGUCAGGAACAUUUACUUAUUUGCUAGGCCCGCCCCCUUCUCCCAAUUCUUUGUUUGCAAUAGACAUCACUUCCGGUUGUGAUCCACUUCAUUAUGGAUCCAGAUUUCCAGCUGACGGGCAGGCAUCACAUUUGUUUUCAGUCGCUUUGCAGUAGUUUCUUCAAAUCAAAUCGAGAAAAAGACAAAAGGUAUUCGAGGAUACCAAAAGAAGUCGUGCACAAGGGCGAAAGAACGAAAAGCAUCUCAAAACGACGCCGUGAGAAAUGGUUCGCCAUCCGUUCACUGUGUUCUGUCAUGGUCCUACCUGUGGGCUUCUCUCUUCAGGUAACAUCUCCACUCAGCAUUACCGGCCACGCCCGCACUCACUUCCUCUUAUUAACUUUCAGUGACUGUCAUUGGCUGUUGCCGAUCACCUGCUUCCCCUUGGGUGUAUUUAAGCUGCAGUUCUCCCUAGCCUCAGUGUCAGAUCGUCUGCAACUCUCAGCCUGAUAACCUGCUCUGUGUUCCUACUACUCUGACUCCUGAAAUUGUUCUGUUCCGUUUGACUCUGUCUGCUCUCCAGCCCCGGUACCCUGACCUGCCUUCUGUUCCGUUUGACUCUCUGCUCUCCAGCCCCGGUAACCUGAUCUGCCUUCUGUCCCCUAUCUUGCUUCCUGAUUUGUGACUGUGUUCCAGUUUGCUCUCUAACUCCUGCCUGCUGAGGGACUGCACGCUUGGAGACUGCCUGAAACCCAAGUUCUGUCAGCCUACAGCCACAGCUCUCUGACUACGCCAGAUCCCGUCAGAUCUCAGAAGCUAAGCAGGGUCGGGCCUGGCCAGUACUUGGAUGGGAGACCUCAGACGUCACCACCAGCCAUCCCUGCCUCUCAGUUCUCCUGCCUCUGGACUUCAUCCACACACAUUCUCCCAACUCCGUUUUCCCCUAUUAUUAAUAAACUGUGGUUUGAGCGCA